AUGGCCUCGAUGCCUCCCCCAAGCGCUGCGGGCGCCGACUCUGAUCAGAUUUUGGUAGAAGCGAAUGGCUUUACAAGGACACUGAUUUUGAAUAGGCCAAAGCAGCUAAAUGCGCUCUCCUCGGCCAUGAUUAUGGGACUCUUGAAGUGUUUCACUGCUUAUGAGAAAGACAAUGGAGUUAAAUUGUUGAUUAUGAAGGGUAAUAGAAGAGCAUUUUGUGCUGGAGGUGAUGUUGCUGCAGUUGUCCGAUCUAUACAUAAAGACAGCUGGAAAUAUGGUGCUGAUUUCUUCCGAAAUGAAUUUUUGUUGAAUUACAUAAUUGCAACUUAUACCAAACCUCAGGUUUCUCUUCUUACUGGAAUUGUCAUGGGUGGAGGUGCUGGUGUUUCUUUACAUGGAAGGUUUCGAGUUGCCACUGAUAACACGGUUUUUGCAAUGCCAGAAACAGCUCUGGGUCUCUUUCCAGAUAUAGGGGCCUCAUAUUUUCUGUCCCGGCUUCCUGGAUUCUAUGGAGAGUAUGUUGCUCUUGCUGGCGCCAGAUUGGAUGGUGGGGAAAUGCUUGCAUGUGGUCUGGCAACUCAUUUUGUCCAUUCAAAUAGGCUGCUAUUGUUGGAAGAAUCACUUAAAAAGGUGGAUACUUCCAACACCUUUGCUGUGUGUGGUAUAAUCGAUCAAUUUGCUCAACAGCCAUCACUGAAAGAAAGCAGCUCUUUGAAUAGGUUGGAAAUCAUCAACAAAUGCUUUUCCAAAAGGACAGUUGAAGAAAUUAUAUCCGCUCUUGAACUAGAGGCCGCAAAUUUGGCAGAUGAAUGGGUUGCUACGACAAUCCAGUCCUUGAAAAAGGCUUCUCCUACCAGUCUGAAAAUCUCUCUGAGAUCGAUAAGAGAAGGGAGGACACAAACUGUUGGGGAGUGCUUGCAGCGGGAAUAUAGAAUGGUUUGCCAUGUCAUGCGUGGUGACUUCAGCAGAGACUUCUUUGAGGGAUGCAGGGCUAUAUUGAUAGAUAAAGAUCGAAACCCAAAGUGGAUGCCUCCAAGGUUGGAACAAGUGCAUGACGAGGCUGUUGAACAAUAUUUCUCCAGAAUUGAUGAUCCACAGUGGGAAGAUUUGAACCUACCUACCAGACGUUCCCAUGGAAGAAAUAUCGAGUCCAAGCUUUGA